GCCGAGGAUGGAAGAAGAGCGGAGCGCCUGAGCAGCACACCCGCCCUCCUCUCCUCUCCUCUCCUUUCCUUUCCGCACCUCGCUCUCGUGGCCUGCCCGCCCUGACGCCUGCUCGCCCCCCCAGGUCCGUCUUCCUCGGCCCGAAAGCACCGGUGCGUGGACCAGCGACAAUCAGACAAGGAGGACAGGCUCGAACCCCACUCCAAAAAGAGAAGGGCCAAAGAGGGCAAUUCCAACGAUACAGUUCACCCUCUGUGGCUGGGAACAACUUCCACCAUGGCCACCUCGGCGAGUUCCCAAUUGAACAAAGGCAUCAAGCAGGUGUACAUGUCCCUGCCUCAGGGUGAUAAAGUCCAAGCUAUGUAUAUAUGGAUUGACGGUACGGGAGAAGGUCUGCGCUGUAAGACCCGGACCCUGGACAGUGAGCCCAAGUGUAUAGACGAAUUGCCGGAGUGGAAUUUUGAUGGCUCUAGUACUUUUCAGUCUGAAGGCUCCAACAGUGACAUGUAUCUCGUCCCUGCUGCCAUGUUUCGGGAUCCUUUCCGCAAGGACCCCAACAAGCUGGUGUUCUGUGAAGUCUUCAAGUACAACCGAAAGCCUGCAGAGACCAACUUACGGCAUACCUGUAAGCGCAUAAUGGAUAUGGUGAGCAAUCAGCACCCCUGGUUUGGAAUGGAGCAGGAAUAUACUCUCAUGGGCACAGAUGGGCACCCUUUUGGUUGGCCUUCCAACGGCUUCCCUGGGCCUCAAGGUCCAUACUAUUGUGGCGUGGGAACGGACAAAGCCUACGGCAGGGAUAUCGUGGAGGCUCACUACCGGGCCUGCUUGUAUGCCGGCAUCAAGGUCGCGGGGACGAACGCCGAGGUCAUGCCCGCCCAGUGGGAAUUCCAGGUAGGACCCUGUGAAGGAAUCGACAUGGGAGAUCAUCUCUGGGUGGCCCGUUUCAUCCUGCAUCGAGUGUGUGAAGACUUUGGAGUGAUAGCAACCUUCGAUCCUAAGCCCAUUCCUGGGAACUGGAAUGGUGCCGGCUGCCACACCAACUUCAGCACCAAGGCCAUGCGAGAGGAGAACGGUCUGAAGUACAUUGAGGAGUCCAUCGAGAGACUGAGCAAGAGGCACCAGUACCACAUCCGAGCCUACGAUCCCAAGGGGGGCCUGGACAAUGCCCGCCGCCUGACUGGAUUCCACGAGACCUCCAACAUCAACGACUUUUCUGCCGGCGUGGCCAACCGGAGCGCCAGCAUCCGCAUUCCCCGGACUGUCGGCCAGGAGAAGAAGGGUUACUUUGAAGACCGUCGCCCUUCUGCCAACUGUGACCCCUUUGCGGUGACAGAAGCCCUCAUCCGCACAUGUCUUCUCAACGAAACUGGCGACGAGCCCUUCCAGUACAAAAACUAAGCGGACUAGCCUGGCAGCCAUGGAACCCCUUCUAAUUCCUCAUCCCACUCCCACUCUCACCCACUCUCGAUUGUCAUAAUAGCUGUAACUCUAAGGGCGGAAUAUCAAGGUCUUGUUCUUAUUCCUCACGCCCAGUUAAUAUCUCUUGCUUUCUUUGGCCAGGAUAGAGGGGUCAGGUUCUUAAUUUCUUCACACACACAUACACCCCUUUUCCCCCCCUAUCACUGAAGCUUUCUAGUGUGUUAGUGGGGAGGUAGGGCGGGGAAACAUAACCACUGCUUCCAUUUUAAUCAGGUGUGUUUGUCCAAUAGGCGUAGCUAUCCGGACAGUGAGCAUAGUAUUUGUGAAGGGAGGGGACGGACUUUUUCUUCAGGUAGCUGAAGGGGAUGAGGGAGCUAGGCUUACUCCCAGGUGAGGUUAGAGGUCCCUUCUCAGUGGGAAGUUCCAGUUCUUAAAAGGUUAUAACCAGCUUUCUAAUAAAAGUGAGAAUUAGGAGAGAGGGAAGGGUGGGAGUCGGGCAGGCAGGAAAAUGCCCCUACCCUGGUGUGCUUCCCUUGCCUGGAGCUGCAUGCCCUCCCCUGAAGACAAGCUCAGCAUAAAGGGCUGGGAUGGAUAGCCCUACCUUAGAAGAAAAAGUUCUCAUUGCUUGGUUCUCCAUUUAUAACAAAGCAGAGUAGUAUUUUUAUAUUUAAAUGCAAAAACAAAAAAAUGAUAUAUAUGGGUGUGCAGAUAGGUGUGUGUUUUUUUCUAAAAGAGAAAAACCAUUCUGGUCACCGGGAGCCAAAUUUGAGGAGAGUUAUCUGAUUAGAAAUAAGGAUCUCCUUUUGAAAUGGG